CAAUUACAAUAUCGAAAUUUAAUCGGUUAAUUCACUAAAAUUCUCAAUUUUUUUUUGUCUCUGGAUUUGAGGUUUUGGACAAAGGAAAAGGGGAAUUGUAUGGAUUCAUCUGAGUUACCCUCUAGAAAUUCUGUCGAGCAAGAAGAGACUUCCAAAUUAGUGAAACUUGCAGCAACUGUUUGAGAUAUUUGAAGUUGUUCAAUCGAAAGAGGAGAAUUAUGUGAUGUGCUGAUCUUAAUAGGAAUAUCUUCAUCCCCCGAUUUCACUGUUUUUUGUUGAUGAGAUGAUGAGAAGAAUUACCUUCCUUCUUUGAUUCGGUAUCAUGUGUUAUUGUUGAAAAGUGGCUAAAGCUUACAAAUUUUUUGGAGUACACAGCUGAUUUAUGAAAAUACUGUUUCAAUUUUGAAGAUUUAGUUGGCUGUGUUAUGAAGAAAGAUGAAUCUGAAUAGCAGAGUGAAUUAGCUUUGAGCAUCUCAAUUUGUUUCCCAACAUUUCUUUGAUGGAUUUCACCGUGUUUAAUGGAAACUUUGUACUGCAUUUGUUUGCUUUUUCAUUAAGGAAAAUGCUAAUAUUUGCUUGAUGGAAUGGUGGUAAGGUUUUUUAAAUCAUUUGAUUUUUCCUGAAUGCCUCUUCCUGUGUUGAGGAAUUUAGUAUCUUUGGAAUUGAAUUUUGUGUAUAUAGUCGUCCUUGCGCCUCUGCAAUGGUGAUAUGUGCUGGUUCUUGAAUUACUAAUCUUCUUGAAUACAUUUAUAAUUUGUUAAUGAAAGUUGGUAUCUUAAAUCAUAGAGACUGUGAGUUAGGGUUGUAUAAAGCAUUCCAUCUUGCCUGAAUGCUGAAUACCCCUGGGUUGUGAAUCUAGUGGAUGGACAUUCCGUACCCUCGUGCAUUGAUGCUCGUUCUUUGAUAUACACUGAACUGUAUGUUGGUUCUUGCAUUAUAUGGAUUUCCUGGUUUUAGUUUAUUCAAUUUAGUUCUUGUAGUGUCAGGAAAGAGAGCUGGUGGCACAGGAAUGGACAGACGAGAAACACUGCUUGUUUCUUAAAUCUAUGGAAUCAACAUUUGUCAACCAGCUAUACAAGUCAAUAGAGAUGUUUGGCUUGCAGUCUUAUACAAGCUCUUCAUUGCGAUCAAAACCUCUCAAGCAAAAGCAGACGAGCACCCGAACUACUGGACAGUUUAAGGUUCACCGAGAUGGAUUUUGGUCUAAAGUUGACUUCCAGAAGGAUGAAUCUGAACACGACCAAAGAGAGGAGGGUAAAGUUCCAUUCUCAAGUCCCUGGAUUCAGCGCUAUCGGAACUCAAAAAUACAGGCAACCAAAAGGUGUCCAUCUUCGUCUGCUAAAGCCCCUUUAGCAACAACGCAUACGAGCAACUUGUCACCUUCACGCGAAAAUGACAAUGGCGAUAAUAUAGAGAUGUCAGAUCAGAACUUCAACGAUGAAGCUGUUACAGAAGAGCCUUCUGCCAAGAUAGACAAAUACGAAGACAACAAGAAGCAAUGAUCAAGUAAUUACUUGCCCUCAUAUCAUAUGCAUAAAACACACUCUGGCAACCCAAAUUCCAGAUCAUUCCCUCAGUUGUUCCCAAUGGCACUACCAUUCGAGCUAACAACAUCGUGGAAGGCCAUCCACACAAACCUCUCGAAGACUAGAAUGCUGAUGUAGUUUAGAUAGGCCCAAUACCAGAGGAUCCUAGUAUUCUGAUUGAAACAACUGAAACCUAUGACUCCAUGAAAGAAGAGUUGACAUGUGGAGAAGGGUGCCGGAAUCUGCACUAGUUAUGUGGAUUAGAUUAUUUUUGUAAGCUCUCAAAGCAGUGGCAGACUGCACCUAUCAUCAUAUUACUUGGGUUUAGAAACAAUCCCAGAUUUUAUUCUUUAUUAUUAGAAUUCCAAAAUUUUCUUACUGUUAUAGUAGUAUUGAAAACAACAUUCUAGGCCUUCUCCAAAUUGUAUUUUCAGCAUAAACACUUCUCCAAACUGUGCCU